GGUCCUCUUCGGUGUGAAUGGACAUCCAACUAUCGCUUUUUAUUUAGUUGAGUUGGCUUAGUAACUUUAACCGCGUUUUGUCAACUUACGAACAUCAUUAGAUGCAUGGUAGUCUCCCGUAACCAAUAUAUCUGGUUUCUGGAAACUUUAAACCAUAAAAUAGUUACAUUAUCCUGGUACUUUGCAGCUAGCUUAGCUGAAGGUCCCUUUGCUGUGUUUCUAUGUCCACUCAAGGAGAUGGAGAGUUAUCCUGCAGUCACUGACGGAGAUUCUACAAAACAUCAAGAAAGACAUUACUACCUGUUAUCUGAACUGCAAACCUUAGUCAAAGAUUUACCAAGCUCCUUCCAGCAGCGCCUGUCCUACAGCACGCUGGGUGACCUGGCUCUAGCACUCAUAGAUGGCACGGUCUAUGAGAUUGUGCAGGGGCUUCUGGAUAUUCAGCAUCUCACAGAGAAAAAUCUGUACAACCAGAGGCAAAAGCUGCACUGUGAACACCAAGCACUCAAACAAGAUCUUGUACGAAAACACAAAGAUGCCUUACAGUCAUGCAAGUCUCACAACCUCGCGCUUCUCAAAUCUAACCAACAAGGGGAGCAAGAGGCUCUGGAAAUUCGUGUGCGAGAGGAACAAAGAAUGAUGGAUAAGAAGAUUGUAGCAGAAAUGGAUCAAAAGGUGAUAGACCAGCAAAACACCUUGGAAAAAGCAGGAGUCCCCGGAUUUUAUAUCACCACUAAUCCUCAGGAGCUGACAAUGCAGAUGAACCUACUUGAAUUGAUCCUCAAGCUUCAACAGAAGGAGUCACAAUCUGGAAUCAUUUGAGCAAGAGACCUGUUUGUGCCUAAAGAGGGGUAAAAGUCAUGCAAUGGCCACGGACUGCAUAUGCUCAAAUUCCAGUAAUUGUGAGAUUCAACGUGUGUCGGUCAACACGUGGCAUUGUUCUCUUUCACAACAUGUUUACCACUUGCCGUUAUAAGGGUAAUAUUCACCAGAAGGCUGGUUCUCGAGUGGAUCCAGGAAGACGUUUCCAGUCCUGGGGGAGAGCAGUAGCAGAUUGUGACAUCAUACUGUAAAGCCAGGACACCCAUUAUGAAACAAAUGUCCUUUACAGACACAUCAUAUUGACAUUUAAGCAAAGUACUGAGGGAGCAGGCUCUGCCCAAAAUUAAAUAGUGGAGCAUCAAAAUGUAUGGGAUUACUGUUGUGACCCUCCUGCAGUGAGAUGGUCUACCCUAAGGGCCUCCUGAGUGUCAGGUAUUUUUUUGCUACUAUUGAUACUUUAUUGCGUAUCAUGUUUUUGACCUGUUUAGUUUGUUUUAGUAGUGUUGGUACAUUUACAUAGAUUUUUCUUUUCCUUAAAUGGGAGUGUAGGUUAAAGAUUCAGCAUUUGAGUAAGGGCGUCCAGAGCAGAUAAUGAAGACACACUCCCUCUGUGUGUUUAGUAACCAGAGCUUCUCUGUUCUUUUUUCUGAUAGCUGGUCUGGUCGCGCAUGCAUGUUAGUGCAUUUGUCUGUGAAAAACGUAGCUAUUUUACGUGUUGGGGGAACGAUCUGUGAAAGCCGUGUGGAGGCAACCUCAAUUUUUUUUUCUCCAGUAUUUUGAUUAUUGCCCCACAUAAAUAAGCAACAAUGAACAAUUACAUUCAUGAUAUAUUUUACAUACAAUCUAAACCAGUAUGGAUGGUAGCAUUCAAUAUAUCUGUUUCUAUUAAAUGAAUAUUUGUUUUCAUAAAACGAAUGUUC